GGUAUUUAAGAGUAUAGGUGGAGUUCAGCGUUAAAAAGGGGAACUAGGAGGAAACGGAGAAGGACGGUCAAGGUUUGUGGACUGACACGAAGAUAAGGAAGAGAACUUUUGAGACGGGAAGUUGUAGAUCGCAGCCAAACAAGGAUCGUUUGAACGAGAUAUCCAAACCGCCUGAAACUAGUGGAGAAUGGGGUCCAUAAAGACGCAUCAGGACAAAGUAACGGAGCUUUUCCACUGCGAUUCUAAUGCAUAUUUGGGGAAAAACGGUCACAGCUUCCCAGCAUGUGUAAGGAAAGCACUUAACGAUGCCAUGAUCCAAAGAUGCACUGUGUUGAACUCUCUGACAUUUGAAACCUGGCUCGACGCCAUAAUCUCUGACAACGGUGAGUUUGUCGAGAAUAUACUAUCUGCUGUGACGCCAGAGGAAAAGAAUUAUUUAAUUAAUAGCAGUUUUGGAUUUGAGUCUGAGGAACGGACAAAUUUGACAAAAUUCUGCAGUGAAUUUCGCCUGCCAAUGUUCAUUGCCGUCGGGAGUGGUUCGAGCAGAUGUCUCGAUAUUCUCCUCCAACACGGCGCAUGCGUAGAGCAACAUGACGACGGGCGUAACAUCAUGCACGCAUUGGUUUGGGCUGCGUACAUCUGGCCAAACCAGGAAAAGAAAUGCCAUGAGAUAUUUUACUUCUUACAAAAAAACAUCCCUAAGGACAUCUUCACAUCUCUUCUGCUUCAAGAAGACAACUUGCGGUUACGUCCGGUGGAGCUUGCAGCCGCAUUGGGUGUGCUUCCACUUAUCCAGGCCAUAUUUUCUGUGGACGGCAUUUACAGACACGUGAGAAAAAGCCACGGUCUUCGCAAACUCGUAUAUUACGAUGUAACCGAAUAUCACUUCUCAAAUUCAUCCGACAAAGAACGAUUCUAUAAAUCACCUUUGCUAAUGCUAGCAUUUUUGAAGCCUGCUGUCUUGGGAAGACCCACAACGCCCAUGAUCUUGUCCUCUUCUGCCAUGGACACUUGGAUAGAAGCCAGCUUAAAGAAUAUGACGAUACCGAUAGUUAUUUCCGGCUUGAUGCGGGUUUUCUACGCCGUGAUUUUCUGCUUUACUGUAAUGGCGACAUUUCACGAAAUUACGCAAUCCCAGACGAGACGUCUUGCAGCAGCUGCAUCCAACACCACGUCACAUUUAGCCGCCGCUGCCACCAAUGUGACGUGCAGCGCCGCCCAAUCGAUCGCAAUUUCAGGCGAGAUUGAAAACAAAUCAUUCGUUUUCGGCUGCCAAAUGUUUGUAUCCAUCACCUGCUUAAUCGCGAUCCUGAACGAAAUCCUCACCACAGUUACCGUCCAUUGUUUGUCGUGGAAGCCAAAGUAUAAAUUCGCCAGAUUGAUGAUGUCGGACAGUAAAACUAUAGUGUCUGCAAACAUUUAUCGCAUAUUUAGUUUUCUCCAUGCUGUCUUGGUUCUUUUGGCCUUACCAUUGUCGGGUCACGUGGUAGAGAGCCUAAAUGAACCUCCAAUGAUCAUCCUCGCGCUUAUUUACUUGACUUUCUCCUUUGCCUGCAUCCUUAAUGUGUGGUUUGUCCUAUACAUCGUCCAACUAGCCCCCAGGAUUGGCUACUUUGUGGUUGUGUUUCAGAAAAUGAUGCUGGACAUGAGCAGAUUCAGUGUCAUAUUCAUCUUGGUGAUAAUCCAGUUCGCCUUCGUUUUCUACGCUCUCCUCGCCGAGACCUGCAACAACGAUUUCCCGGACUUCAUCUGGUCCUUUUACUCCACUUUCAAAAUCAUGCUGAACACCAUCAACGUGACGGGGUACGUGGAACAGACAGAUCCACGCGUGCUAGCCCUCGCGGUACAACAUCUCCUCUACGUCUUCACAAUAGCCAUCCUCCUCCUGAACUUUCUCAUCGGGAUCAUGACCAGCUCAGUCUCCAUACUGCACGAGAACCGGCAAGUGAUCUCGGUGCUGCAGAAAAUUUCUGUCGUCACCGAAUUUGAGAGGGUGUUUCACUUUUAUCCGGCCUGCAUGAAGAGAUGGUGGACAAUUGGGUUUGUGCGGGAAGAAGACAAGGUGUACCUUCCUGUUUGGGAGAAUAAACCCGAUGGAGAAUUAUUUGAAUGAUGAGACAACGGAUAUUCAUCUUGCGUUGACGUUUGAUUUUUUAUUCCCCAACAAGGGCAUUUCUUCAGGAACAUUUUAUCGCUUUAGCUGCACUGCCUGUUUUAUCUGGGAUUCACUUUUGACUUGCUUUUGAGCAAGAGACGAACUGGAAUUCAUGUCUUUGUUUCCUUAUAUACAUUAUACAUUUAGGACGAAAUGUGUAGUAUUUAUAUUCUUUAUACGUAUUUAUAUUGUCGUUCAGUUUUUGUACCGCUCUCUCUCGUGAUAAGUUUAUGCUCGCGAUGUGUGGAUGCUAAUUUAACACUAUAGGUGUACCUGUACCAAAAAUUCUUACGCAAUUGUCUCCAUCUUUUUUUUUCAUAAGGUGAAGACCAUUGAAUUAAGUGAUGAUGGAAUAACUUCAUUGU